AUGAAGGAGGAGGAGGAGGAGGAGGAGGAGGAGGAGGAGGAGGAGGAGGGAAACUCACAAAGGCCCCCCAUGCAAUUCAAAGUAACCGUCUGGCCACGCAGCCCCCAUGCCAACGAUCACCACCUCAGGAGCAGGAUGACCACUGUGAGGGAGGGGAAUCCUCAAAGACGGACCAAGAAUCACGCAAAUCGAAAUCAGCAGAUGGGGACUGAGGCCGACGACGACGAUGAUGAUGAUGACGGUGACGACGAGGAGGAUUGGAAUUGCAAGGUUCGGGGUGAACGACAGGAGCGGGAGAGUGCCUCGAGCUGCGAGAACGAGGACGAGGAGAAGAAGAAUGCUUGA